GCACGCUUGGCCUGAAAUGAAAUGCAGGCUUCGUUACAAAUGAAGCACGACGAUUCUGACAUGGAAGCACUUGGCAAUUGCAUUCCUCUGCCUCGUGCCGUACACUGCUGCACUCAUGCGACCGAGCGUGGACGUUGACAAGUCUACGGUGCAGGAUCACGAACUUCUGAGUGCGGCUUCACCAGCGGAAGGGGUGCCCGAUAGUGCUCCGAAUUUCUCCUCGAAUGGCCUGCCCUUUGCCGAACAUCCCCGUCCCAUCCCUGGGCUCAUUCCGCUGCCCUACGGUAGACGAGACAGAGUGAAACUCCCGGAGGAUCUCUCGGUCUCCUCUUCUGAAUUACUUAUUACCAGCGCGAGUCCUAUGGCAUACACGACUCUUCCGUGUGAUGUUGGCCAGGGGCAGACAGAGUGUCUGUUCUACGCCGGAACAAAAGAGCUCUUCAAGGAUAUCCCUGGGUUCCCCCUUCCCCAACCGCAGCCUAUGCAGCCAGACCCAGCUUAUCGAAUUGCGCCUGCGCCUGGCAAGGGACUGGGCCUUUUCAGCACUCGAGCGCUGAAGCAAGGGGAGCUGAUCCUCAGCGAACGUCCGCUCAUGAUCGUUCCCCCCGGCAUACGGCUGAGUCUUCCCGAGAGCCUAAGUCGAGAGCAGAGGAUACAAUACUCUCUGGACGAGCGCGAGCGUGUGCUCAGUGGCUGUGUUCAGCGCAUGUCGCCUGAAAAUCGUGCGGCUUUUUUCUCCUUAGCCAACAGUCACAAAGAAGAUGGCAGCGGCCCCAUCCUUGGUAUCGUGCGCACAAAUGGGCUGGGGCUAAGAGGGCUGCGAGUCGAUACCGACGAUGCCACAGGGUGUGCCUCGAUGUACAGUGCAGUGCUGAAAGAUAUCGCUCGGCUGAAUCACAGCUGCUCGGCCAACACCAAGCCCAUCUUCGACCGCGGAUCUCUGUCGUACAAUCUCUAUGCUGUCCGCGAUGUUGCCGACGGAGAAGAGCUCACAUUCCACUACGUCGACAGCUUAGCCCCUGCCGUAAAGCGACAGGAGGCCCUGGCGCCAUACGAUCUCGUCUGUGCCUGCGAUGCGUGCAAGAAUUCCAGCAUCUCGGAUGUGCGUCGCGCAGCAAUCAGAAGUUUCUCCCCGUCCCCGGCUGUCUGGGCGGCCAACAAGAAGCUCUCUGACAAAUGGCUGGUGGAGCAAUGUAUGAAACAGCUGCGGUUGAUUGAGAAGGAGAAAGUCCAGUCUCGCGACGAAUACCACAAGGUCCUCGCGGGCCUGCGCGACGCAUACAUCUGCCUCGGCGACGCCAAAAGCGCUAGCAAGUGGGCUGUCCGGGCGAACAAAUGCGUCUGGGCCGGCGGUGCAUCCACUGAACUCGAGGAUCCUGCAGGUUCAGCCUAUCCUUCCCAUCCGCUAUGGCUUACACGCAAGAAUGGGGAUCUACCUGGAUUCAUGCAGGCUUUGAUUCAGCAAGAGAUGGCCACUCUUGCGGUGGAGACAUGCGUCCGUCCGUCGGACUUACCGCCGACUGGCAGCGGUCUAGCAGCUAUGCUGAAGACACUGCUAUUCAAUCCGUUGUGAUACAGUACAUCUGUUUACCCCGCUUCGAUCCAGUUUGGACUGCGAAUGCAUAGGCCGUGUAGGAAAGACAGCACAGCGAGAGAAAUUCGAAUGAUCAGAGUUGCGUCCGUAGUCCAAGCAUCGGCUUCUUCAUGCGCAUGGACUGAAUUAUGACCGCUGCCCAUAUUUACCACACGAGUGGAAUAAUUGAACAUAAUAUUACAAUUA